GCUUCCUCUCAUUAGAUACUAUAAGACUAUACUAGAUAACAAGCACAAUAAACCAGUACACACAAAUCCCCAAUCCACCGCAGAAAUGGCUGCGGCUUUUUCACCGGCCACUCCUCUCCGGUUGCGGCCUUACUCUACUCUCCGCUUCCUAUCCUCUUACCCCAAAUACCUAACCAAAUAGCACCAUUUUUUUCCGCCACUUCUCCACCGCCACCCAACUGCUCGCCCAAGAUUCUUCUGCUCCGUGAUUUCCGCUGCUUUGCCCUCUGGCGAAAGGACGAAGCCGGAAUUGAUGGAAUAUCAGAAGGGAGAAAUGGGAAGUAAAGUUGGGGAGUUCAGAAAGAAGUUUAAGAUUGUCGAUAUUAAAGGUGGAGCUGACCAAGGUUUAGGCCGGGUCGGGCAGACGCUUGUUGUGAUGGGUUGGGUUCGGACUCUUCGGGUCCAGAGCAGUGUCACAUUCAUCGAGGUUAAUGAUGGUUCGUGCCUCGCAAAUAUGCAAUGUGUGAUGACCUCUGAAGCUGAAGGUUAUGAUCAGGUAGAAUCUGGUUUGAUCACAACCGGGGCAUCAAUAUGGAUACAAGGCACUGUGGUGGCAAGCCAAGGAUCAAAGCAAAAAGUGGAAUUGAAGGUCGAGAAGAUUGUCGUGGUUGGCAAAAGUGAUCCUUCCUAUCCCAUUCAAAAGAAAAGGGUCAGUAGGGAAUAUUUGAGAACUAAAGCACAUCUUCGUCCUAGAACAAAUACAUUUGGUGCGGUUGCAAGAGUAAGGAAUGCUUUGGCCUAUGCUACACAUAAGUUUUUUCAAGAAAAUGGGUUUGUUUGGAUCUCUAGUCCUAUCAUUACAGCUUCAGAUUGUGAAGGAGCGGGAGAACAGUUCUGUGUGACUACAUUGAUUCCCAGCACCAGUGAAGCUGCUGAUUCUCCUGUCAAUGCCAUUUCAAAAACGAAGGAAGGUUUAAUAGACUGGUCACAGGAUUUUUUUGGAAAACCAGCCUUCUUGACAGUCUCAGGCCAACUUAAUGCUGAAACAUAUGCAACUGCUCUUUCAGAUGUGUAUACUUUUGGUCCCACAUUUCGAGCAGAAAAUUCUAACACUUCUAGACACUUAGCUGAAUUUUGGAUGAUUGAACCUGAACUAGCUUUUGCCGAUCUGAAUGAUGACAUGGCCUGCGCAACUGCCUAUCUCCAGUACGUAGUGAGACAUAUUCUUGAUACUUGCAAGGAAGACAUGGAUUUUUUCAACACUUGGAUUGAGAAAGGGAUCAUUGAUCGAUUGAGUGCUGUGGCUGAGACAGAUUUUGUUCAGUUGACUUAUACUGAUGCAGUUGAGCUCCUUCUAAGAGCAAAUAAGAAAUUUGAUUUCCCGGUAAAGUGGGGAUGUGAUUUGCAGAGUGAGCAUGAACGUUAUAUAACUGAAGAGGCUUUUGGCGGAUGCCCUGUCAUAAUCAGAGACUAUCCAAAGGAGAUCAAGGCAUUCUAUAUGCGGCAGAAUGAUGAUGGGAAAACUGUGGCAGCCAUGGAUAUGCUGGUUCCUCGAGUUGGGGAGCUUAUUGGUGGAAGCCAAAGAGAAGAACGGCUUGAAUAUCUGGAAGAUAGAUUAGAUGAACUGAAGCUAAACCUUUCCAAAUUUUUUUUUUUUUUUCACCUUAAUUAUGUUUUUGCAGUUCCUCAUGCGGGCUUUGGACUGGGGUUUGAAAGGCUUGUUCAAUUUGCAACUGGCAUAGAAAAUAUAAGAGAUGCUAUACCUUUCCCUCGAUCACCUGGUUCUGCUGAAUUUUAAUGGCAAAAUUUGAUUGACUUCUGUUGUUAUAAAAUUAUAGACAAGACUGAGGUUUUUUUGUUGCUUCUCUUCAUAUUCAUGUUUUCUGUACAUAUUUUGGUUGAGUUAUAGGGUCU